AUGGAGGGAAGGAAAGGGGAGGGUAACGAGCAGGCAAGCAGUAGAAGCACGAGGUGGUGCAGUGGGCAGGAGACGGGCAGGGCAGCUCGCACCUGCAUGGGGCUGAGAUCUCCUUCCCCUCUCGCAUGGCUCUCCCCCCACCUCUUCCCCUCCCCGCCCCCUGCCGUCUCCUUCCUCCUGCAGUACUUCCGCCAGCCUGGAAUGAUUGCUGACCUGCUCGCCCGCCCCCAUAACUGCACCUGGGUUCCGACGGCUUGGGGGACGGGGAAGGGGAGGAGAAAAAGGGAGGCAGGUGGAAUUGGGGGUGAUAGGAAGGGGGAGGCUGGGCGGCAAGGGGGAGCGGUGGAGGGAGGGAGUGUGAGGGUGGUGGAGAUGCUAGUGCAUGCGGAUAGUCCUGAAGAGUGGAGGGAAUGGAGGGAGUACUGGUGUGGAAGGAAGCCGCUGACCAACCCUGCUGACCCUGCUGCCUCUGCCGGUGCUGCUGGUGCUCUUGCCGCUGCCACCCGCAGUAACGUGGUAACCCUGUUACAGGACGACGACCUGCUGCUGUGGGACUGCAGCUGGCUGUGGGGCAUCCUCCAUGAGAUGGACGCACGGCCGCUAGUCGCUGCACUGGGCUACAGGACAGGGAAGAUAGACGUGGAUGGGAGUAACUGGGGUGCUCCCCUCACCUGGUACAGGUUCGGGGGAUGGCUCUGGACCCACCCGUCCUACGACCCCCGAACCAGCCUACGGGGUUUUUUCGCGGGUGUGGUGGAUUUUGCGCCGUUUGUGAUGCGGCGGGAUGUGUUUUUGGAAUUAGGGGGGCUUGAUGAGGGGCUGUCGGCGCGGGGUGAGUGCGGGAUUAUCACCGAUUGGCAUUUCACUUAUCGGAUCUGGUUUGGUGGUUACCAGGUAAUGAAUGUAGCGUGGGAUCCUCCAGAGAGUGGGAUUGGGAGGGGUGUGGAGGGCGGCACACAUGUGGGCGUGAGAUUGAGCCCACGGCACCUGCACUUUCUGAUCAAUGAUGGGCAUAUGAGAAGGCACCAGAUAGAGGUGCUGAACUCAUGGCAGCAGAGGGAGGUGAAGAGGGUGAAUGUGAUGUUCCGGACAUUGGAUGUGUGGGAGUGA